GCUUAAAGUCAAAGUACCCCUUAUAUUUCUCGGCACGGUGGGUUUCUCGGCACGCAGGGAUGGACGUUAUCGACUUUUUGGAAGGCUUGAAGCUCACAUUGGAGCAUCUGAAGUCGUAUGUCGAUGGAAACACCACGGAUAGCCGCGCAUCCAGCAUAUCCGACCAGAUCGAGAAGAUCAAGACUCCCUUCAAAGCCUUUCAAGAGACUGUGGAGAAGUAUGAGAAAUCUUUGGGCGAGGCGUCAACUAGAGGACGGUUUGAGAGGGUGUCGACAACGAUCAAAUGGGCAUUGAAAGAGAUUUCGGGAGAUGUUGAGAAACUAAAAGUGGCUAUCAUGCAACCAAUACAGAUUAUCAAUACUCUUCUUUCCCUUCAACUCUUGUAAGUUGGUUUUACCAAAGUUCU